ACGUAUCGCCCACUCGUCUCGUCCCGCUCCACGGCCGUGCGUGCGCGACGGGGACGUCGCGAAUAUCGCACGGCGUGGAUCCGUCUCGUCGACGUGCCCCCCACGCUGAAAUCCGGAUCGUGUACGCCGCCGCCGACAACGCUCGUCGCGCGAUACGCUCGUUCUCCGUCGCGAUCGCGUGCUCGCGGAUCGCGCGGCGAUCAGCAGCGCGUCGUGCUCGGGUCGUCUACACGCGCGGAUUGUGUCCAGGUGCCCGUGUUGAGCGGUGAUUUUCGUCCCCGGGCGAAGUGUGUACGACGACGACGCCGUCGCUACCGAGGAUCGCCUCGAGGUUCGCCCAAAGGAUGAUCUGAGUACACGUCCGUAUUCCGGGACGGAUAAGCACACGUGAACCAGUGUACGCGCGUCUAUUUAUUUGGAUACAUAGUGUACCGCAGCCAGGAGUCCGUCCCCGUUUUAUAGUCCACGAAAAAAGCGCAAUAGGAAUUUCAUGCUAUAUUUCCAAUGGACCUACACAUCAGCAGGCUGCAAUGGGCUGACACAGAAUGCGACUAACUUAUUACACCUUGGACACUUGUCUCUCUGCAGCAGUGGCAUUCUUGCGAGAGAGAUAACUUGACAGGAGUUAAUGGUGCUUCCACGCUGUUAUCAUUGUCCUCCUAUCGAUACAAUGGAGGAGCCGGUUAAGAAGAAACAGCGUGUCGACGGUAGCGAGGAUUCCAAGAACGCGCUUGCCGAUAUCGAGGAACUGCAGAACAGCCUGCUCGCGCAAUGCCUGUGCAAUGUGUCGGAGAGCAGCCUGCGCAAGCCGUUUACCAGUACGACCGUGGAGGCAGCUGACGGUAGCUUCCGCUAUUUCGUCCUGUCCGAGUGGAGCAACGAGCAGACCCUCAAGUUUCUGAGCGCGUUGCAGCUGCUGUUCGACCUGGCGAUCAAGCAGAACGUGAGAGGCCUGAUAUGCAAGCGAGUGUUGGACACGUGUAAAGCGUUGGCGCGCAACGAACAUGGCGUGAUCGAUCAGAUAAUCGAUCUCUCCUACACAACCGACAAGUUCGUGUCGUUCGCCGCGAGCCGAGUGCUCGCGUCGUUCUUCAUCGUCACGAAGGACAACGUGCAGCCGUGGUUGGAGAAGCUCACGCAGUCCUUGGUGAAUACGCACUCGCCUGGCCAGAUGCUGUUCAUCCUAGACGUGGUGAAAAGGGUGGUCGAGCACAAAGACUGCAGUAUACACCCGUUGGAAGACGCGGACGCGUCUACACCGCCGCCCGGCUGCAACACCGUCGUAAUCUCCGAUUCCGAAAGUUUCGACAGCACCGCGAUCAAGGCAAUGUGCGUGAAGGCGCUCGAGUCCAAGUGGAUCAUCCUGGUGUCCAAGUUCGAGGCCAUCCUCAACGCAUAUACGCCACAGCACGAAUCUGUUGUGAUCACGUUCCUGCAUCUGUGGGAAACCGUGAUCUCCGUGAAGGCCAAUCUGUCAGUCAUCGACACCAAGCUCUUCUACUCGCAAUUGGACAACCUCGUGAUGCUACUGAACGCGAACGUUCCUAGCGUCAUUUGGCGACACCUACUCAGUCUGUUCAAUGAGGUGUUAUGCUACGGUAGCACUCUCGCGCUGCAGGAUGUGUUGCCGGACGAGCCGUGUUCUCUGGCGCAUCUGAUCGUACGUGCGGUUAAGGAUUGGAGAUUGCUCGACGCGAUGCCGUACCGUCACGGCUCUGGCCGAUUCGGCGGGGGUACCGGCGAAGGUGACCGUCCACUGCUGCAGAAGAUGGUGCUGCUGGUACUCAAGAGCGUCGCCGUGACUGUACGGGAGACACGCAGCGAUACCAGCGACUCGUCUCUGGGCUCCGAGGCUGAGGACUUGGAUGCGGACAUGGCGGUGAUCGAGAGAAGCAUCCGCGAAGUUUUGCGCCAGCUGGACCAAUGCGUCAAGGCGCUGAUGCCGUUCCAUCCGGAGAUGCCGCUGUCGCAGUGGGUCGUGCAGAUGUUUCAUGAUCAGGACGACUUUCUCAUCGAGGGUAUGGUGUGCUGCUUGGACGUCGCUGUGGGCCUCUUCUAUCGCGGCCCGCCGCAGAACGAUCUCGGCCAUAUGCUGAGUCCAACGCUCACGUUCGUCCAAUUCGUAAACGCCGUGUCGCAGGAUCCGGAUGUGUUGUUGGACCUGCUCGUCAGCAACGAGACCUGCUUCCUGCUGUACCUACUACGAUUCCUCAAAUACAUCCGACGCAACUGGCUCGAGUUCGUGUCGUGUUGCGGUCGCGAAUUGCCAGACAUUAUGACAGUACUGACGAGACUGCGAAUGGCCAUCAAUCGACUGGUGUCUAAGGCACUGUUCCCGUACAAUAUUAAUCCGGUUCUGCGUCUGCUCGACAAAUGCGAGUCCUUUUACGAGGGUAACGCGGACAAUUGAGUGUGUCGGUGGUGUAAGAUAACAGGAGGCAGAGCGGGGAGUCACGUGUCAGGUCAGCGUGUACAGAUCGUAUGGACAAGAGUAUUCUUUCUCUCUCUUUCCGUCCUAUACAGUAGCUAGGAUCGUUCUCGCCGUCUUCGCCGUCAUCUGUAAAAUAUCGCGAAGCUGUACAGAUCGCCGCAUCUCCGCGUUUUCCGCGUACAAGCGACUGAACUAACGCUGUCUUCGUAGCACUUUGUAGCUAACUAAGAGCGAGGCUUAGGAAGAGCGCGAUCGAGCGCGUUUCUUAUUUAUUAGUUCUAGCGAAAUUUCGCAAACGUAGUUGGAAUUGCGACGGGGCACUGCGCACCCUUCGUCCUCUGUUAGCGAAUGCACUGGUUUUCAGUCUCGUAAUUGUCCCGUAUUGUCGACGAUUACGAAUCGGACCAGCACAGUCGUCUGCGUAAAGAUUGCGACACUUGUUUUGAACAAGCUCAUACAAUACGAUAUUGACACUUCCAACUAUAAAUUACUUUUGUACACCUCGUAUCUAAAAAUUUGACAGUCAGAGAUUCUCAAACAGAGAACCAGUCCCGUUAAAAAGUGUCGCGGACUUUAUGCAAGAGACUGUAUAUAUAAGGCCGGGCGAAAUUCGCCAGUCGCCAUUAUGUCACCCCGAAAUCUAAACUGCAUUCGUGUGGUGCUAAUAAAAGUACGCUUUUGCCAAAGCACCAUUGGGAAAAAUACAUCAUAAUGUUGUAUACCACUAGGAUAGUAUUUAUGUGUAUACUUCAGACUAUAUAUGUACAAUUUGCCAAUCGAGAGUAGAAUAUCUUUGUAAAUGGAAUCUUGUUUGUAUUUCCACAUUUUUGCGAAUCGUGUACAUAAAACGUAAACAAAAAAGAAGAAUCAGUUUACAAGGCCGGCUAUUUGAUACAUCUUGCAGCACACGUUUGCUGGAUCGCUGGGUUUCAUCGUCUUUUCUUUUAAAAUUACUUUUGAAAGACACGGAAAAGCAACAAUAGAAAAGAACUUUCUGUGUUGUUUAUCCAUGAUUAGAUAUUGCGUAAAUACAAUAAAUAAACUGCGACGCGUAGAAAAUUUUGGAAGCCAGAUCGGAUUUUGUGCAACUUUUAUGUGUAAAAGCGUGAAUUUUAUAGUUUCAUAAAUUUGCUCAAUUCUCAAGACAAUUUUCAACAGUCGCUAACAUACGGCGACAAUACUACGUGAUGUACUCUCUUCGUUAGCGUUUCAUUAUUAAACUACACAAACGAGAACUGUAAUCUUUCACGAUAUUAGCACUGCUUCCGGAUGGAUAAAAAAAGAGGGAAACAAAAACGACGUUAUUCGCAACCGUCUCGAGAUAUCUCUGAUAAAAACCUAUAUUUGUAAAUAGCAAUAUUAACAACGAUUAAUUAAUGCGUGGCGUACGCAGAUAAGAUUUCCAUUCCUGUAAGUACUCAUGUAACGCACGAAAAUUCUCAAUUUUUACUUUUAUAAUUGUGGUGUCGUUUAAUUCAAUCUUUCCCUGAUCGAAGAUUAUAUUUUCUAUCGGAAGUCAUGACAUCGUUUGAAGUAGGUUUCACGUAGUUUCGUAGGAAGAGAAAUUCCUCUAUAUCAAUCGACUGUCGAGACAAAGAUUAUUCUCUUUUUCUUUUCCAAUCAAAUAUUUAUUAUCGCCUCCUCUCUCUCCUUCCUUCCCUCUCAACAUACAAGUCGAAUACAUUUGUCAUUAUCGAGACUUACGAUUAUAUAGCCCGGUAGAUUGUCUGUGAUGUCCCAAAAGAUUGGUCGCUACGAUGUUUGUUACAUUGAUUAGAGCGACGUAACGCGCGCUGUGUUGUUGGGACAAACCGUUCGAAUCUCGAGAGACCGAUACAAUUGAGUCCGUAAACGUUAGCCUUUUCAUUUUUGUGUUUUGUGUCUCUCUUGUUUUUAUAUAAAAUUACAUUACUCUCUAUUUAAAUUUUCGCAAAUGUAGCUCUAAUUGUUCAAACGUCCGAUCGAGAAAUUUUGCGUCGAGCAGGGCAAUUUUAAAACACAAUCCCUUUUUACUAAAUAUUUAUAUUUGUGUAUUAAAUCAUUAUAUGUAUAUAUAUACACACACAUAUGUGUAUGCAUGAAUAUAUAUAUACACACACAUAUAUAUAUAUAUAUAUAUAUGUAUGUAUAAAUAUAUUCUCAAUAAAUCACUAUUUCACAGCAUCAUUUUCCCAUUUAACACGAAAACUUAGCGAUAUCGUAUAUUGCAUAUUAAGCUUUUUUUUUAUCUUUUUCUUUUUUAUAAAUUAAUCUUUUUAUUUGCGUUCAUUUCAUUCGAAAUGUGUUUCUCUGCCCCAAAUCGGUAAAACUAUCAUCGCGUAUUUUACACUGACGUACGAAACUACACGAAACUGUACAUAUCUCUGUAAAGUUUUGCUCUUUGCGAAACAGCAAAUGUCCACUGCUCUGUAACUGCCCUGCAAAAGUUAGUUCAACAAGCUCCACUAAAUCAACAACAGAAUCUAAGUUACAUAGCCCAUUGUUAGUAUCACGUUCAACAGUGUGUGGUACAUGUGUGGACCAUUUUUGUCGCAUUUUAUCUCUAUCUCCCUUCCUCCCCCGUCCUACCUCUCUCUCUCUCUCUUUGCUUCUUCUUUUCCGUAUUUAGCCGUUGCUACACAUGUUGUUGCGUUAUCAAUAAUAAACCGCUAAUCAUCCGUGGCACAC